AUGAUGAGGAACAACAUUUCUAAGUCAUCUUCAUCCUCUGGUGGUUUGACAAGGAACAGUAUUGGCUUGAAUAUGAUUGGUGGUGAUGAGUUGGGUGUUCUUCUGGAACGAAAGCUGAGAGAACUGACGGAUAAAGUGGAGUCAUCAACGGGGUUACUUAAGCCAGCACCAUUGGUUAACGUAAUGAGUGGUGCUACGUCCUCAGCAGCUAAACAAAAGGUUUAUGAACUUAGCUUAGAUAAAGUGGAGUUGCAUAAGGCAGAAGGAGAGUGGUACUCUGAAGAGAACUUACCCUUGCAUUCGCAUCAUGAGUGCAAGUAUCAGCAAUCAGAAGAAGCGGAAGAGCACAGCUGUAUCAGCAGUUACAUUGAAAGCGGGAAAGUACUUGAAUAUGAGCCUCCUAAUUAUACAGAGUGGAUUCCAGACCAAACUUGUUCAGAUUCUCAGAGUAGUGAUCAACAAUGUUCAUCCUCAGUUCAAGCUCCAACCACAUUCAACUCAGCCUCAACUAACAGAACUCAGACUGACGAAGGACUCGAAAUCGAGCUAUCAGAUUCUUCCACCUCAUCAAUCUCCAUGAUGUUAGCCAACCACCUUCCAAGCAACUGGGAACUCGACUAUGUCAUCCACAUACUAGACACUGCAGAGAUGAAUCUCGAAGACCUUGCAUUGAGUUGUAGCCCCUCCAAAAUCCUAUCCCCGAACCUCUUUGAACACAAGGAGAGUAAAUUCGGUAGAGACAGUGACGAGCUCUCCUCGAAAAUCAAUAGGAAGGUCAUGUUCGAUUGCAUUGGUGAGUUCUUGGACUACAAGUGCAGGCAAAGGUCCUGGGGUGAACUUCAAGGGGUGUUGCUUGAGAGAAAAGGGUGCUUGGCGAAGGAGUUGCAUAAGGAGGUAUUAGGGUGGAAGAGCAUGGGAGACAUGAUGGUGGAUGAGCUUGUGGACAGGGACAUGAGCUGUGGGGAUGGGAAGUGUGUCAACUUCAGUGUGGAAGCAAUUGAGGAAGGUGUGGAGAUUGAAGAAGGGAUUCUUGGCGAGUUGGUUGAUGAAUUAGUUUGUGAUCUUUUGAUUAUGUAG